CUGGCGGAGUUUCUCAGCAAUCGACAGGUCUUCGUCGACGAGAUGCUCCGACGAGAAGGACUGGCUGGUCAGGAAGAGGGUGCGAAGUGUCAUGGAUGUGGCAUUGAGAGUGGCGAAUUACGUUGCAAAGACUGUACGGGAAGUAAGCUCUUUUGUGGUGGGUGCAUGUGCCGUACGCACCGUGCAGCGCCUCUACAUAGAAUUCAGCGCUGGAACGGCUCCUACUUUUCUCGGUACAGUCUCCGCGAAGCAGGCCUCAUGGUACAACUCGGUCAUGACGGCGACGAAUGUCCACACGCACACGAAGCUAUCACCCUCACCAUCAUUGACACCACCGGCAUCCACACCGUCGCGGUACAAUUCUGCGACUGCGCGAACGUUGGCGGAUCACAGCGCUACGUUCAGAUGAUACGCGCCGACUGGUGGCCUGCAACGUUCAGGCUUCCACGAACAGGUUUCACUAUUCGCGUCCUCGAAUUCUUCCACACCCUCACGCUCCAGUCGAAAACCAACGGCUAUGAUUUUUAUAAGAGUUUGGUUUGUAUCUCCGACGGUAGUGGUCUCACUCACUUUCCUACACGCUACAACGAGUUUAUGCUCGUUAUGCGCUGCUUCAAGGUGUAUCGAAUGCUCAAACGUGGAGCGAGAGGUCACGAUCCUGCGGGUGUGGAAAGGACCGGCCCUGGGGAUUUGGUCGUCAGUUGCGGGGCUUGUCCUCACUGUGGUAUCAACGCGCCCCUCGAUAUCACGACCAUACCGCCGGAGAAGAGGUGGCUUUUUACCUCUUUCUGGGCUAUCGAUGCGAACUUCAAGAUGAAGAUGAAGGCUCAUGGAUAUGACGACGUACCGCUUGCGGAUGGGUGGGCGUAUUUCGUCCCCUCCGCUCCCUAUCGGUUUGUUCUUGAGAAUCACAUUGCCGAGCCGGAGCUCAAGGCAUGUGAUUCCACCUUCGACGCUGUCGACCAUGCGAACACGCCCGGAUCACCGCGGUUCUCUGUCAACGGUGGAGGGGCCGCUGUAUGCGGUCGUCAUAAUUUAUUCCAGAAGAAUGGCGUGGGGGAUCUCGAGCGAGGCGAACGCUACAUAAACAUGGGAUAUAUUUUACUCAAUGCAAUCAUGAUGACAUGCAAGGGCUGGCACCGCCUUGUUCUCUCCUACGACAUCGCGUGCCGAUUUUCCUCAAAUUUCGCAAAACGAAUGAAAGAUUUUCCUUUGGCGUUCCAGAUCGUGGUCACCGACACCGAGAUAAUCUUUCUGGUCCCCAAAUUCCAUCUACCCGCGCACGGUGGCAGCUGCCAUGUCAAGUAUGCUUUCAAUUAUCAUACCGGGGUAGGACGGACAUACGGCGAGGGUAUUGAGGCGAAUUGGUCGGAGACCAAUUUUUUUGCGUUGAUGACGCGUGAGAUGCCGUGGGCAGCGAGGCAUGAGGCUAUUGAUGAUUUUCUCGGGGGCAUGAACUGGGGGAAGACGCUUUCGUUCGGCACACAGUUCCUGAAGUCUCUCCGGAUCGCCUACGCUGCACGCAUACGGCACCAGAAGAAGUUCGAUAAGCUCAAGGAUACAUUCAACUCCGAUGUCGUAAAAAACUGGGACACAAUGGUAGUGGCUUGGGACGCCGAUCAUAGCGCGCCGAACCCGUAUGAAGAGCCGCCUGCACAGGAAAUCACCGUAAAAGAGUGCCUUCGCCGGCUUGCAGAAGAGGAAGCUGCCAAAGCCACCCGCGGGGUAUUCUCGCCACAUGAAACUACCGCAAGUCGUUUCUUAGCGGCCGGUCUGGAGCUUCAAGAGCAACAACGUGUCUUGAAAGGGAAAAGGUGCAAAACUGCCGAUGAGAAGCUCGCGAUGCAGACGGGCCGGAACACGCUCACGCGACGCAUCAAUUCGUGGUUUGCCCUUCAAACCCUCUACAUGCCCGUCGUUUCGACCCUUCGGAAGCCGCCUGACACAAGUGUUGCAUCGGAUGAGUUGUAUAAGCCCGAGGAUGAAAAGCUAUGGAUGCCGUCCGAGCUGCCCAAGGAGCAAUGGGGUGGGCUUGGGUAUGGUCUCGUUGAGAAAGAGACAAGCCUUCGUGAGGCUGAGGCAGAUGAUGCGCUUCACCAGAUUCGACGCCAUAUCCGCAUCAAGAUGACUCUGGUGAACUUUAAGGGUGUCCAUGCCUCCGGACGGUCGAACGUGAGGUCUACUCGAGCACGAACGGCCAUCACAUCAAUCAGCGACAAACUUAAUCGCUGGCGGGCACGCUACAACGCGGCAUACGGUGCGCUUCGUGUCCUCGGUGAUCCUGAAGGUAGCUGGGUGCGUCGCCUCAAGCCGCUCGCUCAUAAUGAUAUGCGCAAUCCAUCUGGCCAUGACCCCGACGACUCGGACGCGGAGGAUAGUCGUCCAGCGGCUCGACGUCGGCGUGCGUUGGGUGAGGGGCACAGGGAGAUCCCGUGGAUCUGGACUGUACUACAGCCCGAUCGUCGGGACGCUGCUAUGCCGGACAAAGCAACGGAUGAGGAGGUUGUCGAAGGGAUGAGAACAGUCUACACCAAGGGACGAGCACGGGUUCUACGCUGGGAAGAAGAGAUCCAGCUUCUUCGCGAGGAGAUGAGGCGGGUGUUGGUGUUCAUGCUCUGGAAGAGGGAUUGGUGGUUGGAACGGGCGGACCUUCGCGCAGACGCUCGGGUGGACAUACGGUCGGGGUUGAAAGCAUACGCCGCUCGUCAAGCGGCUGUAUUCGGGGGUCUAGCAUUACAGUUCGCGACGCUGUGGCGACCCGCUCUCGGCUCUAUGGGGAUGCAGGUUGAGUGGCCUGCCGAACUUAUCGACGCCACAUCACAUAUUCCCAUACCUCUGAACAAUCCUAACCGGACACGGGCUGUGGACGGCGACGAGGAGGAAGAAGUCGUGGGUGGAGAUCAGAGAGCCGAAGGGGACGACUCUGAGCAUGAUUCAGAGGACUUAGAGCUGCCAGAGGAGGCAGUUUUGCCGGAGUCCGAUGGUGGCGACGACUCUGAUUAUGCUUAG